AUGGAACACGCCCAUCGUGCAGGAUGCUGGUCGAGUGAGGACGUACACCGUCAUUCUCCGUCCGAAGCAGACAUUUGGGGGCAGCCUCGGUCACAAGAGCUUCCCGAAGUGAUCGAGACUGUCGCUGGUUUUGAACCGCUGCAGCUGGUUAGAGGCGGGAGAGUGAAUCCAAUCGUCUCUCCGUCCUCCAAGCCUCACUUGACGAUGAUGAGCGUACAUAAAGCACACCCUUAUGAGAGGAGAUGGAGAACGCGCGCGGAUGACCCAUUCGCGAGCAUGCGAUAUGAGAUUCCUCGUUCCGAAUCCGAAGACGUUGCGAGGAACAUUGUGGAAAAGUACUCUCGUGCAGACUCAGAGCUAAACCAGAAAGGCACCGGGCGAACCAAAUCGUCUAAGAAAAGCACGAAGGAUUCAAGGUCGACAACCUUGCUCAAUCGUGAGCGACAGACGGCGAGGGGGAGAGCACGGGAAGAGGCUGAACCCUGCGAUCUGGAGAUUGCAGAGGAAAAGCAUCAAGUCCUUAUCCAAAACUACAGCGGUAACACCAAGGAUAGUAAGAUUUUCGCCAGAGAAUGGGUGGAUGAUUUCAGAAAUCAGUAUGGGUUCUAUCCUAUGCGGGUGGCUCUCAAGACUACCAAGAAUACGUCUGGAGAACUGAGGGAGAAACGAGGGGUUGAAAAUGUGACAUGCAUGAAGUGUAUGCACCCAUUCAAGACCGUCCAAGAUGCCUCGAUUCAUAUUGUGUCCCAACACAUGCAACUGAAGGGGUUUCACUGUCAGUACUGCGAGGCGGCAUACGCUCGCCAGGACGAUUUGAAACGACAUUUAAAGACCUCGGCGACAUGUUCUCUGAAGAGGAAGCAGUCCAAGGUCAGCGAACGCCAUCAAAAGGAAGGAUGGAAGCCCGCACUGGUAUCCACUCCUCCUGGCCAUAGCGACUUCUGGGUGCCAGUCACGCAUUCCCCCGAUUCAUUCACAGUGGGGACGGAGCCCACUCAUAGCCACUUAUCGGGCAUUCCGUCCAUUCCGUCCAUUCCGUCCAUUUUUGUGCCAUCUUCCAAGCCAUAUUAUGAAUAUCCUCCCCAUUCUGCGGAUAGUAUCUCCUAUAACGGCACCUGGACAGACAACAAGGUCGCCACACACUGGGCGAUUCCGUCAUGGAGUCCACCGAUUUCGUGGUAG